CUUGCAGGAGAGAGGGAGCGCGGGACAGGGAAGGGAGCACGGCGGAGCGUUUCAUUUCUCUGCGGGACAGACAGAAUAUAAUGAGGCAGGAGUCAAGGAGGCUUUUUGUGUUUUUUUUUUUCUUUUUCUUGGAGAAUUAGGACACACGAACCGGCGUCAGGUGCAUUUGCGGCACGAGUUGGUGGGGCCGGUGUUCCGGGAGUGAAAGUGUUUGAUUAAUCUGAUGUAUUGUGUCAGAGCACAAAGACCUGUCUGCCUCAUCUCGAGCGCCCGCCCAUUGGGCUUUCUGCGGGAGCGAUGGUAGGAGAUUGAUUAUAGUCUCCGGGAUUUCCGUAGAGAAAGCCAGAGCCUGCUGCUGCUGCUGCCGCCGCCUGGACCGAGAUCUGCUCUCCCACAUCGGGGGAGAAGGAAGAAGGAAGGAAGAAGAAUACAGCAAAGGACUUAUUCCACACUCCGGCUCCCUCAUAUUCAGCCCGGUAGCUCUCCAAGUCACGCUGGACUUUCUUUCUAUUUUUUUCUUUUUUUGGUGUGUGUGAGAGAGAGGGAGAGAGAGAGAGAGAGAGAGAGAGAGAGUGUGUCUUCUAACCGAGGAGGAGGGCUGUGUGAGUGUGAAUCGCCUCCGCAGUCUCGGAUGCGUAGUAAAACCGGGGAGUGGGUUGGGUCGCCCGGGCGCCUGGCACAUACGCGCGCGUCGUCAGCGAUAAAAGCGCAUAGGUGAGGGCGACAGCGCGGAGGGAAGCGGCACCCGAGGAUUUUUUUUGUUUGUUUUUUUUUGUUUAUUUUUUUCCCCCCCUCGGAGCAAGGAGGACACCGGAGAAGAGAGAGCAUCUCACUGGCAAAACAAACAAAAAAAAAACCAACAACAACACACACAAAAAAAACCAACCCGCCGGACUCACCGGCUGUGUGGAUUUCGUCCCCCCCUCCUCCCUCUCCUCCUUCUCCUCCUCCUCCUCCGGCUGCUUCUGCACGCUCGGGAAUCAUAGACCUCCCUCUUCUAUUUCUUCCUCCUAUUCUUCUUCUUCUUCUUCUUUCUAAAUCAGGGAAAAAAAAAACCUCGACACAGACAUCACGACCUCAUCCAAACGGAGGGUACUGGAAGUGGAUCUGCGGGACGACACAAUGGCAACCGGUGCGCUGCUUCUUCUCGCCUGUGCGCUGCUCGCUGGUGUUACCGUGGCCCAGAGAGUGGUAAUGGUGCAAGGUGGCCCGCUGAUACGGACGGAGGGCUCUCACGUGACCAUCUGGUGCAACGUGACGGGCUACAAAGAGGGGGUGGAACAGGACUUUGAGUGGUCCAUGUAUCUGCCAACGGCGGCGGACAGGGAGAUCCGCAUCGUCAGCACGGCUGAGCCCAGCUAUGCCUACGCCGUUUAUGCCCAGAGGGUGAACAGCAAAGAGAUCUACGUGGAGAGGCUGAGCGGCGACUCGGCCGUGCUGCACAUCACCAAAGUGCAGGCCAAGGACCAGGGUCUGUUCGAGUGUUACACACCCAACACAGACGGCCGGUACCUGGGAUCCUACAGCGCACGCACAAACCUCACUGUCAUCGCCGACUCGUUGACAGUGACAGCUCCAGCCCAGACCCUCUCCAAGGUGGAAGGCGACACGCUUCAGCUCACCUGCGAGGUGUCUCGGACCACGCUGCAGCACACUCACUUAUCGGUGGGCUGGUACCUGCGGUCCCCGGAGGACGCGGCGGCCCCGCCUCAGGAGCUCGUCACCUUGUCGAGGGACUUCGUUCUGCGCUCUGGUGGACCUUACCGGCAGAGGAUGGCGGCGGGGGACCUCAGGCUGGACAAGACCAGCGCCACCGCCUACAGGCUGACCAUUCACAAGCUGCAGCCCGUGGACCAGGGCCUGCUCUACUGCCAAGCCGCCGAGUGGAUCCAGGACGCAGACGGCAGCUGGUUCGCCAUGACCCGCAAGCAGAGUGAGAAGACGCAGCUCCGCGUUCAGCCCACUGAUCGGGACUUCAGCAUCCAGGUGAGCACGGAGCGACGGUCCUUCACGGCCGGUGAGCCGCUGGAGCUUCGCUGCACCAUCGAGGCCCAGAAUGUGCCGGAGCGUUUCUUCUCGGUGUCGUGGGUCUUCAGCAGCUCACCGGUGGCCGUGGUGGGCCCCAGUGCCGUGCCUGUCCUGGGCCCCGAUUACGUCGCCCGCGAGGCCGCCGGUCACAUGACCGUGCGCAAAGAGAGCCCCAACGUGCACCUCCUCAAGCUGCAGCACCUGCGCCCCGAAGACGCCGGGAAAUAUAUCUGUCGCGUGACGGAGCGGGAGAAGACGCCCACUGGAGACUUCAUCGACCGCAGCAAGAGGUCGCGCAACGUCCAGAUCACAGUCCAGCCACUUAAGAGCAACAUCACAGUGGCGUUAUCCAGCAACUCCUCGGAGGUCCUCGAGGGCGAUGUGAUCCAGCUGACCUGCUCGGUCUACACCACCACAGGCCCCCUGUCUGUUGUGUGGCAGUGGACGGACAAGCAGGCGACUGGAGCGGUGCAGGAGGUGGCCUCCGUGGAUCGGGAAGGCACCGUGUGGCACGGUGCGGCCUACAAGGAGCGCUCCAGCUAUGGGGAGAUCCGCGUGGAGAAGAUGCAGAGCGACACGUUCUCUCUGUCCCUGUACAACGCCUUGCCUGGAGACGAGGGCCAGUACAGCUGCACAGCCACCGAGUGGCUUCAGACCGGCACUGAGCCGGAGCUGACCUGGGAGAAGAUCGGAGAGAAGUCAGCCACCAAGAUGGUCACUGUGAAGACUGUUGAAUCCUCCUUCAUGGUGUCGGCCUCAUCGCGGACGCCGUCCGUCACCUUCGGAGACUCCUUCGACCUCCUGUGCCUGGUGAAGCCUCGUCACAACCCCCGCGUCCCCACGUCUGUCACGUGGCGCUUCAUGCCAGCCAGCAAGGAAGCUGACGGCGAGGAUCAGGGAGAGUUCAAAGACCUGGUGACUUUCACGCGUGAGGGCACGCUGCAGUGGGGGGAGCAGCUGCUGGGGCUGGGCACCCGUACCACUGUGGACCGCUCCCACUCCAACACCAACUUCCGGCUGUCUGUGACCCGCGCGGGGCGUCGCGAGGCGGGCAAGUACCAGUGCACCGCCGUCCUGUGGAGGAGGAACUACAACAACACCUGGAGCAGAGUGGCCAACCGCACCUCCAACCUGCUUGGCAUCAGCGUCCUGCAGCCAGAGAGCAAGCUGCGAGUGCAAAAGACCAACCAGUCUCGGGUGUACCUGGAGGACAGUCGCGUCAGGAUCAACUGCUCCAUCUCCUCCCAGACCAACCAGGACUCCCAGCAUGCCGUGCUGUGGUACGUGAGGCGAGCAACCGGGUCAGAGGCCGAUGAGCUCCUGCUGAGGAUCGAACGCUCGGGGGCCUUCGAGUACGGCGCCUACGCAGACGAGGAGAGACUGCGGCGCCGAGUGCAGGCCGAGAGACUGUCACCUCGACUCUACGUGCUGACGCUGAACAGGGCAGAGACCAGUGACUCGGGGACAUACUACUGCCUGGUGGAGGAGUGGAUGAGCGACCCAGACGGAGCCUGGUAUCGACUCUCCAGGGACUCCUCAGGGUUCACACAGGUUUCGGUCAGACAACCAGAGAUUCGAUUGCAGGUGGAGGAACAGGAGUCAAACGUGACCGUGGAAGAGUCCGGCUCCAUCCGACUGGGCUGUAGCAUCCCGUCCCAGUCGUCCCGAGACUCCCGCUUCUCCGUCUCCUGGUACGUGGAGCGCCCUGAGGACGAGGACGAUGGCGACCAGCCGGCCGAGGAGGACAGAGAGCGGGAGUGCGUGUUCUCCAUCGGCCAUGACGCCGUCUUCGGCAAUGGAAACUGCAGCCCCAGAGACGAGAUGGGGCCAAAUUCCCGCCUGCAGUUUGAGAGAACGACCUCGGAGCUGUACAGCCUGACCAUUCAGGGCGCGCGGCCGACAGACGCAGGCCGAUACUACUGCCACGUGGAGGAGUGGCUCCUCAACCCCCGCAAUGCGUGGUACCGCCUGACGACCAACAACUCUGGGUUCACUUUCGUCAACGUGCUGCAACAAGUGUCCACCGUCCAGUCAGUGGUGUGCGCCAACGAAUCCCUCUUUUACUUCGUCUUCUUCUACCCUUUCCCAAUCUUCGGCAUCCUCCUCAUCGCCGUGCUGCUGGUGCGCUACAAGGGCCGCAACAACAGCAAGAGCCAAGAGGGCAAGAACGGCGCCCCCCUGCUGUGGAUUAAAGAACCUCACCUCAGUUACUCGCCCACCUGUCUGGACCCGCCUGCGCUCAGCCUACACCCCGGCUCCGUCGACUAAGCGAGGUCCCCUCCUACCUAAUGCCCUCGCGCACAUUGCGGAUUUCAGCCAACACAAUGCCAGGGAGCAGAUCUGGACUCCACUUUCAGACCUUACUGUCGUUCACUGCUGUGUUGAAUUAGUCAAUCAGUUUCCUACCCUGGUGGCUGCCUGUUUUAUGUUAACAACGGUGUGUGUUUUGGUGUGUGUGUGUGGAUGUGUGUGUGUGUGUGUGUGUGUGUGUGGGUUAGAAUGGGUGUGCCACGUUAGCACAACUAAUCGAGUGUGAUGGUCAAGAGAGUAUCACGAGCCUCUCUCUCAUUUUUGUUUUUGUUUUGUUUUUUGUUUUCCGUGAAACUUAAUCUCAUAGCUGCAUUUUGAUUUUAAUUGCUCCGAAUACUUGUCUAUUUUUCAAAAGAGAGAAAAAAAAGAAAAAAAAAAAAGACGCGCACAUUGAGAUCACCGGCCAAUCCCGGGAAGGACAUUUAAGAGAGGGAACUCUAUAAUCGACUCCGGCGCUGAAUGGAUGCCAAAAAAAGUCUCCGCACUGAUCCAAGAGCAGCCACAGCCUGGCCCACUAUGUUGGUUGCCAUAGUGAUUCUCUGCGCCCACUGACUCCGUAGCUGACGAUUUGGUUGCCAGCCUGCAUAGAGACAAAGGCAAGGACACACAAGUCUGUGUCCCGACUGAGGAUGUGUGUAUGUGUGUUUGGCCCACCUGCCUCCACAAUGAAUUUGCCUUGGCAGACAGAAACAGGUCCUCGUGCGCCACUUAAACACUGCCAGACACUCUGGCCUUAGUGAGAGACUGCCCCGCUCUUCUCCUCGCUUCUCCUCCAUCUCUGAAAAAGAGGCAGCCAGACAGAGAGAGAGAGAGAGAGAGAGAGGGAGGAACGUGGAAACGAUGGAGAUUGAAUGAACAGUCCUCUCCUUCUGAACAUAUACAUACAUUGACAUGUAGGAUUUUUUUUGUUUUUGGUUUUUUUUUCCUGUGCCAAGACCUCCUCGUUCCCACUCUGUCCUCUGCAGCUAAUGUGUGAAGUUUUAACUGGGGAGGUGGGAUUGGUUCUGAGGCAGAUUGUAAAUAAUGUCUGCCCACUUCCUGCUGUGGGUUUUAUGGGCCUUGUGGGCAAAAUGGGCAAUUUCUACACUCACGUUGAAUCAGUUGAAUUGUCCUGCUUAAAUCACACAGUGGAGGCUAUUGACUGACCUUUUUCUGCACAUUGCUUUAUGUUGCCCAGUAUGACCACCCCUGUCCUGUCUUCAAAAAGAUGAUCAGCAGAUUAAUUUAAAAGCGAUGAUUUGUUAAGAUUACCAAUGCGUGGAUGUGUCGUGAAACACUCUAAAAAUAUAAUCUGCACAUUAUAAGAAAACAAUUUGACGGGCGCGGGCACAUGUUUGACUUUUGUGUUUAUUUUAAAGAUUUUUCUAUUUAUUGUUUUAUACUACUUUGCAUAGCUUUGUAAGAAUUUUUUUUUCCCUCUUUUGCUUUGAAAUUCUCUAAGAACACUGCUGCUUGUGUUGCCAGGCAACUGCACCAAGCAGAUUAUGUCAAUAGCCUGUGUGUUGGCAAUGUGGUAGAUGUAGAAAUGCUAGAUUUGUCCUGCGCAUUGCAGUCCGUAGCAUUUCAUACCAGAUUGUCAAGUUUGGUCAGUGUCAGAACACUGUAUAUCUAUACCUAUAAUGAAAAUUACCUGUGGCUUUACAUGUACAAUAGUUGAACAGACGAGUCACACAAAUCAAUUCACUUAAUGCUUUUCGCUUGAGUCGCGUUUAUUUAGUGAAAUGUGAUGUAACACCUAGGUAGGAUGUUUGAUCAAAGGCAACCGACGCCGAAACUGUCUUCUAAUCGUGGGUUCCAGCUGAAGGCCGUCUUCCUCGGCUCCCCUGACGCGAGGCAGAAGGGUUGAAAAAUCUGUGUCACCUUCCCUGGAAUGCAGCUGCCAGGAGAGAGGUGUGAAAUCCUCCCGCCGACCUGGUCCGAACCCUUUCACUGCCAGACUGGACAUGGAAACUCUUGGACAAACUUGACAUCGUUGUCUCAAUCGUGUCAACAUGUAUAUUGCAUGACAAUACUGAAGGAGGAAUUUUGAUGUUUUGUAAACUUUGAACUCUUUGAGCAUUGUGUUUGUGUGACAGAGCAGUGCCCAAAACCCCCUCCCACCUACACCCCGACAUCCUGAACUGAGAGUCGACACAAAGCCCCCCUCCCCCACCCCCACCCACCCCCCUUUCGUCAUUUAUAAUAUCUGACUGCCAAUUCCAGAUGCCCUUUGAACCUGUGAAGUAAUCUAUUUCAAGAAUGGGUGUUGUGGAGAUUGUGUUUGAUAUUAUUGCUCAUAUUUGUCUUUUUAAUGCUUUGCUUUUAUGCAGCACUUCAUUAAACAGAUUUAUGUCAAAAAGAGAAGCCAAACGUUAUGUAAGCUGAUGCUGACACAAGCUUCCGAGUCCUGAGAUUUCAGCCUCCUUUGCUUCAAGGUAAAUAGUCCAUUUCAAGUGGACGACAUUAUUCCAGGUGGUGAUUUUUAGUUGACCGAUUUACACAUUCAGCAAAAAAAAAAAAAAAAAAAAAA